CCCCCCCCUUCUGUCCCGGGUCUGUGAUCACCUACAACGAACUUCAACGUCCAUUGGCUACCAUGACAACAGAGGCGAGCGCAGUGAGCGAGGCCGACACCGAGGGUAAACCGAAGGCCGGCGGCGCCGAACCCGAACCCGAGAACAACCAGAAGCCGGAGGCGGCGGCGUCCGAACCGGAGGGAGGGCCGUCGAGCAAGAAGGCCGAGGAGCAGGCGUCUGAGCCGGGGCCGGCCGACGUGCCCACCUCCCCUCAGGAGGAGCAGCUAAAGCCCCGUACCCGCACCUCUGCUGGCAAAGGCCUGUCUCGCCUCUUCUCCUCCUUCCUUAAUCGCCGCUCGCAGUGCUCCGAGGGAGAGGGGUGCGAGGCAGAGAAAGCCGGUGAGGAAAAGGCGGACGCGGAGGGCAAAGUUGACGCCCCGGAUGAGGAGAAGAAGGAAAGCGUGAAGCGCGAAGAGAAGGAGGCCAAAGCAGAGGACGAAACAUCUGGAGUAAAAGAAGUGAAAAAGGAGGAAGAGCAAAAAGAGGAGAAGGAGAAACAAGACGAGAAGGUUGAGAAGAGGGGCAGUAAAAAGAAAAAGAAAGAAGCCAAGAAGAAAGCAGAGAAAAAGAGUGAGGAGAAAGUGAAAAUCGACGAGGAGAAAAAAGAGAAGGAGAAAAAGGAAGAGGAGGAGGAGAAAGCCUCACAAGCUGUAGAAAAGGAGGAAACGGUGGAGAUAAAAGACAAACAAGAGGAGACCGCUGAGGUUAAAGAGAAGGAGGCCGUAUCUGAGAAGAAAGAGGAGGAAAAAGUUGAUAAGCGAGUUACAAAGAAAAAAGAAAAGGAGGACAAGGUAAAGAAGAAGGAAGAGGAGAAAGCAAAGAAGAAAGCAGAGGAAGAAGAAAGGGUGAAGAAGCUCCAGAGGAAAAAAAGCAAGAAGCAGAGACAAAAAAGGAGCCUGAAGAAGUAA